AUGAGAGCACAAUUCACCAUGCAGAAGAGCACAGCCCAGAUGAUCAUCGCAGUCUGCCUGAUCUGUCAAUCUUUGGCAGUGGAGGAUAAGGAUAAGGCAACAAAGCCCAUAAAUAUAGACAGUGUCCAAAAACAUAAUGUCAAGCUACUCAGCGAGCAACUGAAUCGCGGUUGGCGAGCAUUCUGCGAUGCUCCUGUGGAUGAGGGUGUGAUGUCCCUGUUUCAGGGCAUCAAUCCCAGCGAUGCACGACUUCAUGUGAUGACGAUUACCAAUCAGAGUGUAGAGCUGCCCAUUAAGUCCAUAUCUCAGAUCAAGGAUUUCGAUAUCAAUCCGGAGCGUAAGACCCUCAUCUAUGUGAAUGCCUUCCACACGGCCGAUAGCUAUUUUAGUGUGCAGGAGCACUUGACUCUGCUGCAAAACAGCAGGAGGGAUCUUAAUGUAAUAGUGGUGGAUUUCGCGAAGGAUGUGGCUCAAUUGUACUAUGCAGUGCGUCAUCAUCUCUCCGUUGAUGGAUACUUCGUUUAUAAGCUGGUCAGAGCUCUGAAGGAUGCGGGCAUUGCCGUGCAGGACAUCACUUUGGCAGGACACUCGGUGGGUGCUAACAUAGCCGCACUGGGUGCCCAACUUUUUGCCAAAGAAAACAAGCAAUUGGUGGGUCAACUGUUGGCCAUCGACCCAGCCACCAUGUGUCGCACCACCGAUAUUUUGGUAAAACAAAGUGUGGCUUCAAGAGUGGUGGUGCUGCACGGGGAGGGGGAUGUUUUUGGGGUGAGGGUGCCACUGGGUCACAUCGAUAUCUAUCCCAAUGGCAUUGGAUACUUCCCGAGGAGGAAACUGCAACCUGGCUGCGAGUCCAAGAUCUGCAGUCACAUGUAUCCAUUUAUUCUGUUCAUGGAGGCUCUCAUCGAGGGUGUGAUGAUCCCAGCUACCAAGUGCGAGAGUUGGGCCAAGUUCCGACAGGGCGAUUGUAAUUUCCAGAAUACCAUCAACAUUGGACUCAUCUACCCAGCGAAUGCCAAGGGUCUGUACUUCUGCAUGACCCAACCGAAUCCUCCAUUCACCUAUAUGGAACAUGGACUGCGCUACAAGGCGAGACGUCCUGAGAAACCCUCUGAAAAUAACCAUAUUAAGUAUUAGUUUUAGCUAUUACAAUUGUAAAUGUUUUUUAGUUCAAUAGGUAAUUUAUUUAUUAA